AUGUUUAAUAUAAAUUUUUCUGCUAAAAUUAAAGAAGCAGAAGAUCAUGUAAAACAAGGAGAAAAAUAUUUAAAAACAUCAUUAACGAAAUGGAAACCAGAUCUUGAUUCAGCUAUUGAAGAAUAUGAUAAAGCUUGUACUUGCUAUCGUAUUGCAGAAAAAUAUGAACAAUGUAGAGAUUUAGCAUUAAAAUUAGCUGAAUUACAAAUACAAAAAGGAAGUACAUUUUUUGCGGGAAAAUCUUAUGAACAAGCAGCACAAAUGACACAACAAUUACAAGAUUUACCAACCGCUGCAAAAUAUUUUGAUAAAGCAGGACAAUUAUACGUUGGAGGAGGUCAACGAGAUUCAGCUGCAAUACUUUACGAACGAUGUGCUACACAAUUUCAACAAUUUGAUCGUACAAUAGCUAUUGAUUUUUAUCUUAAAGGAGCUCGUCUAGCUGAUCAAGAAGAUAAAGCCGAUCAAGCUGCUGAUUUAUAUGAAAAAGCAGCUAUGCAAAUUCUUCGAACAGGAGAUUAUCCUAAAACAACUGAAUUACUUGAAACAGUUACAAAUCUUUUAACAACAUUGGAACGUUAUGAUCGUAUUAAUCGUGUUAUACUUUAUAGAAUAUUACUUAAAUUAUUUAAUGAAGAUAGUGUAGCUGGAAGAAAUAUAUUUGAUCAAGCUUGUCGAAAUUAUCCAACAUUUGAUCAAUGGGAAGAACGAGAUUAUAUUGAAAUAUUACUUGAUGCUUUUGAUCAAGAUGAUAAAGAAUUAAUUAGUAAACGUUGUCGAAGAGGAUAUUUUAUGGCAAUCGAACCAGAAUUUGUUCGUUUAAUUAAACGAUGGGUUCUUCCAGAUAAAAAGAAAGAAGAUGAACAACAACAACAAAAAACAACAACGUCCGGAGUUAAACCCAUGCAAUUUGAUGAUGAAGAGAAUGAUCUACGUUAA